AUGCAUCAUCAUGUUCUGUGUAAUAUUUUAACCGACUUAAUUUAUUCACACAUUUGUGCUGACUUUAGUCAGGCAUGAUAAGAAACGCGCUUAUCCUGCAGACCGCGGAACUCUGCUUCUUUACACUUCCUACAGUGUGCUGCUCUUAAUACUAAAUUUAAUAAUGAUACCGUUUCGACCAGUCAAAUUUUUUCAAAUAUCGACAACCUAUGACAACCUGGAUAUGUAGAGGCAAUGAAAGUACCUAUUAUUUUAGGUGCCUUGUGGCUGGAUGGGGGGGUCACAUUCAAUAAAAGCAAGAAUGUUCAUGGUUGACCUCUCUGACUUGAAGGAGUCGAGGUGUCUGCAGCUGCUAAAGUGAUUGAGACGUCUACUUGGAUUAAUUUGUCAGCAGAUACAGUGACUCAAUCACAUCUGCUAACACGAGGCAACGCUCUUAGCAAGUGCACCUGCCGACAGAAAUCAUUACGUGCGGAAAUUUUUUUGGGCUAAGUCCCCGGCAAAUGAAAUCAUACCUCAACAUACCACGGAGAGCGAACAUUGUAUCAGAAACAAAUUAUAUUUUCGGGCACAAAAGUAUGCGAAUUAGGUCGAAAACAUGGCGGAUAUCCAAGCUUUACUUCUUGAGAACGAUUCACAAAAUUUGUAUUUAGUCCCCAAGGAUGCCUUAAUGUAAAAAUUCCAGGAUGAUUCUUUUCUAGUCAGUCGCGUGAUUUUCACCUAAACAAUAUUUCGUGUUUUCAAACUCCACAGGAUAUUUCCUUCCAAAGCCCUCGGGUGAUGAUAAUUAACAUUAAUGACUUCUUGUUCGUCUGUAUUCAGCUCAAAGUCAAUUUAACGCACGUCUGCGCUAGCCAAUCAAAGGCAGCCAAGACACAGAACACUCGAAGCGUCAUUUAAUCGUUUUCACGUGUUGGACACAAUUGCAUCAGAAUCUUUUGGUCUUUAUCUCGUACGCCGUGGGUACAGACCUACUGGAAGACGUCACUUGGUAAGAAUUUAUGCAAUAUUUUACAUUUAACCAGUUAUAUUUCAUGUAAGUAAAAUUUUACCCGUGAAGCUCUCCUUUUGGGAACCAUUUUCUCGGUAGCAUGUCCAUUUCUAUUACCUGAUAUCGUUUACGUUGGUUAGGGCAUUGUCCACAUGUUUAAGGCUCUAAAUCGGUCGUUAAGGAGGUUUGCGACUUUUAUUUACACCAAUUUUACGCGAUACGGAAUGAAGCAGCCUUGUUCUGUUAGGACUUACGGCAACACACCUUGUAAGAAGAUCCCUUCUUACCAGGUAAUUGCUUAGAUCGGAAAUCAGUUUUUUCUCAAUCACGACGAGAAGCGAAGAGUGACUCAUUGAUUCGAAAUUUAUUUUGGCCACUCAAGAUGGAUUGCGUGUUUGUGUUCAACUAUUAAAUCAUACCAACCUGAGAGAUGUAUUGGUGGCAAAACUGUGUGAAGUCGGAUAUGAACUAGGUCACUUUUCACUUUUCACUUUUCACAUCGGCCUUGUGAACACGUGUGACGCAUUCGUGACGCCAUUGCUCAUUCUAAUUAUCUAUCUCGUGCGGAAAUUUUGUUGUAGUUAUGAUCAUAACCAUGGUUUUCAACACAGUUCUAUGAACAGAACGUAGAAAUUCACUGUAGGAAACGUUGCUAUGUAACCUAGCAAGCUUUAUGAAAUUGUUCCAAACACUUUGGCACAUUAUGUAUAACAACAUAUCACGGACUCAAGAUGGAAGUGUUGGAAAUAAUUCAAUCUUAUCUUUAAAUUGAGGGACCUGUGGUCGCCUGUUUUAGAAUACAAUUUGUAUUUUCUCCAUAUUUCCCCCAAUUUCUCCCUAAGUGCCACUAACCCCCAAAAGUUGUUUUGUCAAACCAAUUUGAAAUUAUCGUUAUCAUUUAGAGAGAAAGCAGUCACCUGAAAACAUAGGAAAGAACUAUAGAAUUAUGCCCAGAGGAAGGUUCGCUCCUCAUACCACCCCAUAUUCUAAAGACAACUGCCCUGAAGCAAAGAAAUGCAGAAGAAAAUAGGUUGAUUUCUCUCAAACAUGUUGGUGGGCAGGCAUGAUUCUUGCCACUCGCAAGCUAUUUUAAAUCUUUUCCCUUUAAAGUUUAUCUCUGACCAGGAUAUCUUUUACUGACUUUCCCUUUCAAUAUCACAACAGGGCAUGGUUGGUUUUGAAUAAGAUGCCAUUUCUCCAUCUCUGUUCUUGAAGUUAGGUAAAGCCAAGUGAAAUUGUGUUACAGAAGGCAAUAUUUUCUUCUGUUUGCUAUUUUCUUUUUAUUUUGAUGACCUUUCCCAGUAAUAUUAAUUUUAAAGAUAGUUAUACAAAAUCUCAUCUGGAUGUCCCCUAUACUUCAAGCACAUUUUGAAAUUCUGUAUGUUUUAAUUAAAUGUGGAGUGAGAGAAAUGUGUUUUUAGGAAGGGUAGUGCUUCUUUUAUGUAUCCUUUAUUUACACCUGGGGGAUGAUGCAAAUAAAAAUUUGAAUAUUGGAAGGGCUCUGUCUCUUCAUAAUGUGUUGUACGCCAAGUGUUGAUCCCCCAUUAAUUGCUCGCCUUUUCUUGACACCAUCUUCCUCUUGUCUCUUGACACCAUUCAUCGAGGCUUCACUUUUGGUGCACAAUCAAUUUCCUCCAUCUCUAUGUUAUAUUCUAAUAGAUUAGAAGCUGCAGAUGCUUUGAAGUCAUUCAGUCACUGUUCAAGUUUGAUUCUUUAGAUGACAUGGCUUUCUUUAGGUAUUUUGUGGAGGGUCCUCAAUGGUUAAAAAAGGGAAAUUCCCACAAGCAUUUCCCCUUUCUUGGCAAAGAAUCUUUUAAGUUAUUGCCUUGUAGCAAGUUUUUUCAGGAUGCUAUAACAACCUUCCUCAAUCCAGGUCCUAAGAUGCACAGUUGUGAAACAUAAAAAUUAAACUUUUACUGCUUGUAGAAUUUGGAGGUUUUAUGUGUUUUUUUUUUAAUGUGACAUUGCUUUUCUCACUGUGUUGAUCAGUAAAACCAUGAAAUUUCUUUUACUGAAAAAAUGUUUUGGUUUUAGUGGCACUUUAAAAUGAAUCAAUUUAUUAAUUAGGUUCCAAGGGGACAUAGGCAAGAGCUUUUUGUUGGAGUGUCCAACACAAGCUUGUUAUUGGUGUAAUUUUUUUGGCACUUCAGUUGAUAACCAUAGCACUGUCUCCUCAACCUAUGCCGUUGUUCUUUCCAUACCCAGAUAUUCUGCUCUUGUUUAUUAAUAUGGUUCCUGUAAUUGAGGAAGCACUAGGCCUCAUCUUAAAUUGUGGUCUUACAAUAAAGCAACAAAAAUUUCAUAAUAUUGUUGUUUCCUUGAAAAUACUUCAAUUUCCACUUCAUUUAGAGUUAUUUCAGGAUAUCCCUACUCUUUCAGAUUUAUGAUCUUCUUUCAGUGUUCUACAAAACCUUAUAUCUUGCCCUCUUGUGAGGAGCACAAAUGAAUCAACCCUGUGUACAUUUUAAGUGAGCAUUUUCAAUGACACUCUCCCUUAAAAGAAGACUGAUGUUCAUGGUGUUGUCUUUUCUGAAUCAUUCUGCUGAGAAAAGAAGCGAUUUGAAGGUCUGUCCUUACAGCUUGACUUUUGGGUAUAAUGCUCAAGGAAAAUUAGGUGUGGUGUCUAUAAGAUGGGAAAAACACCACAACAAUGAUACAAAUGUUACUUCUUGACUAAGUAUGACACAUGUAACUAAUAGAAAAUGUACUUACAUACAUUGAUUUCAGGUCAAGACUCACCACUAAGCAGAAUGUGUGGGAUCUGGGCUAUAUUUGGAAUCCCAGAAUACUCAAAGUAUGCCAGCCUUGCCAUGAAAAUCUGCCAAAGAGGACCUGAUGUGUUCCGUAUGGAGACAAUUCCCCAUUUCAAGAACUGCUGUGUGGCAUUCCACCGCCUGGCUAUUGUUGAUGAUCUUUAUGGCAUGCAACCAAUGAGAAUCAAAGCACUGCCACACCUUUACCUAAUUUACAAUGGAGAGAUUUACAACCACAAAGAAGUUGGGAAGAAGCAUGACUUUGACUUUUUCACCAAAUGUGAUGGGGAAGUCAUUCUGCAUCUCUAUGACAAGUUUGGAGCUGAAGGAAUGGCCCAAAGGCUAGAUGGUGUUUUUGCUUUUUGUGUUAUUGACACAAAGAAAAGACAAGUUCACAUUGGAAGAGAUACUUUUGGUAUCCGUCCAUUGUUUACUUUGUCUGCACCUGAAAAGAAAACAGGAAUUUUGGCUUUAAGCUCUGAAGCAAAAGGCCUUGUUCCUCUCAUCAAAAAUUUUGAAAAAAAUGGCAACAAGGUUGUGGUAAAGCCAUUCCCCCCAGGUCAAUAUGCAUCAUACAGCUUGUCAAAUGAAGAAGGAUUAACUACAUUUAUUGAGCAAAAGGCAUACACAAAGGUUGGCAAGCCCCCCGUCUUUGAAACCAAAGUAAAGCCUGACUCCAGCGACGUCAUGGAAAACAUCAGAAAGUUGUUCACUGAAGCAGUGCGUAAGCGCCUCAUGGCAGACCGUAGAAUUGGUUGUUUGCUCUCUGGUGGCUUGGACUCUAGUUUAGUGGCAUCCUAUCUAACCAAGCUUGCAAAAGAAAGUGGAAUUGACUACCCAAUCCAGACCUUCUCAAUAGGAAUGGAAGGAAGUACAGAUGUUGCUGCAGCUCGCAAAGUGGCAAAUCACAUUGGUUUGUUUAGAUAUUUGUUUGCUUAUUAAUUUCAAACACUUAUUAAUGGGCUGUGCUGUGGUAAAAUUUUUAUUCAAAAUAUCCCAUAUAUUCUUGCCAAGUAAAGUAAAUGGUUUGAACCCAGGAGUAUCAGUAGUUUGUAUAGUGUGAUCGUCCGGGUGAGUGUAGUUCUGAAAAGAACUGUUGUUGGUGACUUGAUAUUCUUGCCAAGUUAUGCUAACAGUUUAAAGUUAAUUAUAAUGCUUCACAAUGUAGGACUGUAUUCACUCUAGGUAUGUAGGAUUUUGAUAUGGCAACCACCAUCAUUUUGAAAGGGCAUGCAUAUCAUAAUGCAACAAACUUGUCAAUUCAACUUUUAUUUUAUUACAGUCAACUUUUCAGAGCUUAUAAGGGCUAACACUUAUGGUUUGUCAGAAGUUUUCUUUGUGAUUUAAAGUUCAACCACAGCAAAGCUUUGAAAAUGAUUGGGAAGUAUUCUUGCUGACAUUUGACAAUAGUGACUUGGCUGUGAAUUUAUUCCUGUAGGGAGUGAACACCAUGAGGUAAUCUUUACUGCAGAGGAGGGACUCCAAGCUUUGCGUGAAGUGAUCUAUGCCUUGGAAACAUGGGACAUAACAACAAUCAGAGCAUCAGUUGGAAUGUACCUUGUCAGUAAGUACAUCAGCAAAGAAACUGACACUGUAGUAAUUUACUCUGGUGAGGGUUCUGAUGAGCUGUGUCAAGGUUACAUCUAUUUCCAUAAGGCACCAACCCCAGAAGAGGCAGAUGCAGAAUCUCGAAGACUGCUGGAAGAUCUUUACUUGUACGAUGUUCUGCGUGGUGACCGCUCAACAGCUUCACAUGGUCUGGAAAUCCGUGUUCCCUUCUUAGAUGUUCAAUUCACUUCUUAUUUCUUAUCUCUUCCUCCUGAGAUGCGACAGCCUAAAGAUGGCAUUGAAAAGUGGCUUCUGCGGGUAUCUUUUGAUAAAACAGAUGCAUUACCCAAGGAGAUUCUUUGGCGAGCUAAAGAGGCAUUCUCUGAUGGAGUGUCUUCUACUAAGCCUGGACAGGCAUGGUUUGAGAUUUUACAGAAUCACAUCAAUAACCAGGUCCCUGAUGAAGCACUAGCUGCAGCAGCUGAGGUUUACCCAGAUAACACCCCCAAAACCAAGGAAGGCUUCUAUUACCGUCAGAUCUUUGAAGAGUUUUUCCCAGACCAGGGCCAUUUUAUUCCAUAUCUGUGGAUGCCAAAGUGGACUAAUGCCACAGAUCCUUCAGCAAGAACCUUGAAACAUUUCAAAGAAUAG